CGGCCGGCGAUGGGGAAGGUCCGGGGGCUCCGCGCCCGCGUGCACCAGGCGGCCGUGCGGCCCGCGGGGGAGGCGGCCGGGCCUGCGCCCCCCGCCCCGGAGACGGCGCUCCCGCCGGUGUCGGCGGGCGGAGCCGGGGGCAAGGACUGGGCGUUUGUCCACACCGACAUCUUCGCCAAGACCAGGAUAGAGCCCAGCGUGCUGGUGCAGAGCCUGGAGAUGGACCAGAGGAGUGUGGUGUCCGUGCGGAGAGGUGCCGAGGUCAAGACCAUCCUGCCCAAGAAGGAGAGGCUGAAGCUGCGGCGCCAGCGCUGGCUGCAGAAAAUUGAAGCAAUCAAGCUGGCCGAGCAGAAGCGCCGUGAGGAGCGGAAGCGCCGGGCCACUGUGGUGGUGGGGGACCUGCACCCGCUGAGGGACGCCUUGCCCACGCUGCAGGAGCUGCAAGCCGGCAGCCGGCCACGGGCCAGAGGCAGACAGAGCAGGAAGCCCCGGCCAGCUGAGCUCAGCCGGAUGAGUGCGGCCCAGAGGCAGCAGCUGCUCGACGAAGAACAGAGCCGGUUCCGGGAGCUGCUGGCCAGCCCAGCCUACAGAGCCAGCCCCCUGCUUGCCAUCGGGCGGCAGCUGGUCCAGCAGAUGCAUGUGGAGAACAGUGGCCAGCUGUGACCUGUGUGGCCAGUGUGGUGGGGCUCUGCAGGACGCACGCACCUGCCCACGCCUGGAGAGGAAGCGCACGCUCACACGUGUGCUCACAAGCGCACGUCCCGGGAACACUGCGCGCACAGACACGUAGAGGUCCUGGAGGACUGAUGGGCGCGUGCACCCGGGCACACACCGCGCGGCCUGGCUGCUCCAGCCCGUCCUCUGCUGCCUGUGGCAGGACCGAUCUGCAUUCACCAUGGAAGCCUGGUCGUCUGGGACACAGUUCCUGCCGCGUCAGCAGAAACCACUGGUGAGGCUGUUGGCGCUGAGCCCACGACUGCAGUGAAGAGAUGGGUGUGGCCGUGGGCUGCCCGGACUGUCCCCAGCCCACAGGCAGGCAGGCGUCCCAGCCACCCAGAGUCCUCGUGGGUCCGUGCUCAGCCUCUCCUGGAGCUGCCCCAGGGCAGAGGUCAGCACCGUGGCUGCCGUCAUUGUCCUCGGCUGCCAAGCCGCGUCCUGUUCUGAGGGCCACCUCGGUGGGACUGGCCCACGCCCACCGCUCGUGACGCCUGGGGCCUGAGCCUGGGCCUCCCUCGGGUCCUUUGUGCAGGGACAGCCACCAGGAAGUGGACACAGAGGACAUUUCAGCAGUUGCUGGGCAGGGUCUGCACUGCACAGUGUGCUCCCCCACGUGUCCACUCCCAGCGGGCCUGCCCGGGCGGGGGUCCAUGGGGUCCCGGGGCUACGGCGUGCCUUUUCUAAAGAACAGAAUAUCCAGA